CACCCCGGGCCAUGCCAUGCCGCUGGACUCGGAGGACACGCUCUACAUCGUGCUGGAGCUGGUCAUCGCCGGGCUGUCCAUCGCGGGCAACGUGCUGGUGUGCUGCGCCGUGGCCACCAACAGCACCCUGAAGACGGCCACCAACUACUUCCUGGUGUCCCUGGCCGUGGCCGACAUCGCCGUGGGGCUGCUGGCCAUCCCCUUCGCCAUCACCAUCAGCGUGGGCUUCUGCACCGACUUCCACAGCUGCCUCUUCCUCGCCUGCUUCGUCCUGGUGCUCACCCAGAGUUCCAUCUUCAGCAUGCUGGCCGUGGCCAUCGACAGGUACCUAGCCAUCAAGAUCCCGCUCAGGUACAAGAGUUUAGUUACUGGGACCCGGGCAAGAGGGGUCAUUGCUGUGCUCUGGAUUCUUGCUUUUGGCAUUGGCCUAACUCCUCUCAUGGGAUGGAAUGACAAGGCCAAUGCCACCCGCAAUUGCACUGAUGGACCCAUGAACCUGAGCUGCUGUCCUGUGAGAUGUCUCUUUGAGAACGUGGUCACCAUGUCCUACAUGGUCUACUUUAACUUCUUUGGCUGCGUCCUGCCCCCGCUGCUCAUCAUGCUGGCGAUCUACGUCAAGAUCUUCCUGGUGGCCUGUCAGCAGCUGCGUCGAAUGGAGCUGAUGGACCACUCGCGGACCACGCUGCAGCGGGAAAUCCAUGCGGCCAAGUCGCUGGCGAUGAUCGUGGGCAUCUUUGCCCUGUGCUGGCUGCCCCUGCACGCCACGAACUGCAUCACCCUCUUCAAUCCCCACUUUGCCAAGAGCAAACCCAAGGCGUUAAUGCAUACGGUCAUCCUCUUGUCGCACACUAACUCCGUCGUCAAUCCCAUCAUCUAUGCCUACAGGAUAAGGGAUUUUCGCUGCACGUUCCGCAAGAUCAUCUCAAGGUACGUCCUCUGUCAGACAGAUGACCUCCCCAAGAGUGGCAAUGGACAGUCAGGGACGGUGCAGACCCUCGAUGCAGACGUAUGACCCCUGCCGCCAAGAGGCCACGAGACACGCGGCCCGUGACAGGCACGAUGAGAAGCCUGGCCCACUCUCAGUGGGGACACGCACGUACAGGUGGCCUGCUCUGAACGCCUCGCUGGUCUCACUCUGGAUCUUGGUAAACAGAUGAUUGUCUCUGAGGGCCAACGAGUGGAAACAUACCUUAGAGGUAGUUGGUCCUGCUGCUAGCCCCGUGUGGACUGGAUGACGAGGCCAGGGACUCCUAAGGGAGGUCGGGAAGCUGUUGGCCAAGGACGCCGUUUUUCUCCACAGGCUACCCAACCUCAGCUCCACUGCUUUGGAUGUGCUGAAUACUACUCUCUGAUAGCAAAGGAUUUCAGCCACUGUUACUGUGAACUCCCCCACUCGGCAGUGAUGUUUUCCUAACUUGGAAGCAAUGGGGAAACGCAACACCUUGGCCCUUCUGACAAAUGGGAACCUGCUCCCCCUGGAAGUGGCCAGAAGAACACUACGUACAGGCAUGGGUGAAGAAGAGGCCCUGGGGACGGCCGGGCUCGGGAGGCGGCUCUUGUUCCAGCUUGUGAUCUAGUGACAUCGUGCUUUUCAUACCGGAGACAGUGGCUUUUCUUCCUUCUCUUGGAGGGAUCAAGAACAAUGGAGGAAAAGGAGUCCACCCCUGCUGCGUUAGAUUCCCUUUCCUCUUUUGGGGGGGGGGGGGCAGGGGAUGCCCGCUCAGCUUUGUAGGGGAAGAGGAGGCUGAAACAGUCACUCUGCUUCUGGUCCUCCCCACCCCAGUGGAAUCGAGCAGACCAAAAGAUGGGGCAAAGACAUGGCUGAGCCCAAACUGUGAGAUUUUCACCUCAUUUGCAGUGUGUGUACAGACGUAGUAUUAGCUCAAAGCUGAAGAUAAUUUAAGUGAAUUAAAAAUAAAGCUUUUUUUGGAUAAGAAAUUUAAAUGUAGUAAACCACAUCCAGAACUG